AUGGCGACGAGAGUGUAUAUUGGCCGUCUUGCUAGAGACGCCCGUGAACGAGACGUUGAAAAACUUUUUCGCAAUUAUGGCACCAUCAGAGAAAUAAAACUGAUGAAUGGUUUUGGUUUCGUUGAGUUUAGAGACCACCGUGAUGCUGAUGAUGUCGUCUAUGCUUUUAACGGUAAAAGUUUUAUGGGAGAAAAUCGUUUCGCACCUCCUCAACGAAAUCCUCAAUAUCGUUUGAUUGUAGAGAAUUUGUCAUCAAGUUGUAGCUGGCAGGAUUUGAAGGACCUAAUGCGAAAAGCUGGUGAAGUAACGUUUGCCGAUUGUCAUAAAGACCGCGAUGGGGAAGGUGUGGUUGAGUUUUCCUCAUAUGAAGAUAUGAAAAAUGCUAUCAGAAAACUUGACGAUACUGAAUUGAAGGGCAAACGAAUUAUUCUUCGAGAAGCUCCGACACCACCUGCUAAUGGAAAAGAACAUAGCUCUCGUUCUCCUUCGCCUCGCCGUAGUGGUCGUGAAGAUUCUCGCAGUCCUAAAAGAAGCAGAUCCAGAAGUGGUGAACGGGAGCGUGUCCACGAUGAUGACAA